AUGGUGCGUAUGAGUUUGAUUAAGAACUUGCAUGAUGGCACGGACCGUUGGAGUAUAAUAGUGAGGGUUAUGCGCAAGUGGAACAUCUACCAAAAAAAUACUCCUGGUGAUGUUUUUGGCGUGACCAUGCUGUUAUUGGAUGAGGAUGGUACUACCAUUCAAGCGACUGUGCUAAAUAGGAAUAUCAUGGCCAGAUACAAAACUAAUAUUGUGGAAGGAAAUACUUACUUAUUCGCUAACUUCAUUGUGUCACAAAAUGGAAAUCAAUACAGAGCUUCAACACACCCUUUCAAGAUCACUUUCACUCCACAAACUUUCUUUGCAGACCACAACGUAUCACUUCCAGCAUAUUCAUAUUCAUUCUUCCCCAUCUCUGAGAUUUUGAAGGCCACUCCAGAGCACCACGUUCAACACCUUUUUGAUGUGAUGGCAUUUGUGAAGGCCAUGGGUACGCUUGAAGAGUUCCGUAGGGAUAAUGAAACUAAGUCUAAACUUCGCAUGAUAUUGACUGAUGCCCGGGAGAAUGAUAUUGAGUGCGUACUAUUUGAUGACUGUGCAAUUGAUGCUUUUAUGGCUCAGUUACAGAACACAGAAACACCUGUUGUUGGCCUAUUCAAUCUCGCUAGAAUUGGUUUCUCCGAAGAUGGUGUUGGUGAGAGUUUUGUUGUUAAAUGCACGGUUAAGAAGCUAGAAACAUAUCACGGAUGGACCUAUGAUGGAUGUUCAAAGUGUGCUGCGAAAACCAGACUUGAGGGUACAUCAGUUAUGUGCCCAAUCUGCAAGAAAGUUCCAGAUGCCAUAGAACCAAAGCUUCGCAUUCACUACAUGGUGGAAGACGAUACUGGAUCUGCUUCAUUAAUCUUUUGGGAUAAACAAGCUAUUCAAUUGAUUAACAAGAGCACCACAGAGUUGAAACUUCUCAUGCAACAGGAUAAUCGCCCAGCAUAUGAUUUUCCGGAUGAGCUGGAAGAUCCUGUGGGAAAGGUUCUACUAGUGAAAAUGAAGCUCAAUGAGUACAACAAAAAACAUCCAACAUCUGCAAUUAGUGUAGGCCAGUUUACUAUUUGUGAAGACCUCAUGGACCAGUUUAUGGAUGCAAAUGUUGAAGUCGGUGAAGUUAAUGCCCGUAAUGCGAACAAUGACAGCCAGGAUGUUCCUUCGUUAGUUGAAAUCACUGAUAAUCAGGAUAGCCAUGAAAAUGUGUCACCCGUUAUCCCUCAGCCUGCUGCACCACAGAACAAUGAACUUGAAGACGUCACUCUUGUCAAGCUUGCUAACCAGGUCACACCAGUAACUAAUAGAGUGAGGAGAAGGUCGGCGAUCAAGAGAAAUGUUGGAGUGGAUGUUUCUGCCAGUUCUUCACAGAGCUUGCCUACUAAAGAUUCAGAAGCAGAAAGAGUUUAUAAGGUCAUCAAGAAGGAGAAGUAA